AUGCAGUCUCGAGUCGAUGUCCAUCACCAUUUCGCUUUCGCUCUCAACUGUCCGGAAGGCAUCAGACAAGGUUUCUGCCCUUUGGUGGCUGAUGGCGUAUGUACUGGCGGAGGACCAUGUGAGCCUUGCCAAAAAGCAAACACAGAAUGUAUCGUCAAUGCAGACAACGAUGGUCGUCGACGAAUCACUCUAAAGCGCAAAAUCGAAUCAUUAGAGCAUGACCGCGAGCUGCUCGUACGGCUCGUGGAAAGUAUCCGCAAUGAGAACAGCCAAACUCCAAGCGAUGUUCUAACCCUUAUUCGAAGUAACGCACCGUUGGAUGAGAUUCGCACAUGCCUUGCUGAUCGCCAGGACGCGAGCCACAUGACUGGUAAUCGUGAUAGUGAUCGUGUCAAAAUUCCGAAGCGUGCUCCGUCAAUAUAUAUGGAUGUCAGAAGAAUCACUGAUAUGCCUCUUUUCGAGGUACCAGCAAAACCAUGGACAUCUGUUACAGACGACGAUGCCUUUGUGUCACAUUUAAUCACCCUCUAUUUCACAUGGCAGCAGCCUACAUUUAGAUGGGUUGAUCGAGACCUAUUUUUAGCGGACAUGAAAGCCGGAAAAACAGGCUCGAGAUUUUGCUCACCACUCUUGGUGAACAUUAUUCUCGCUGUGGCGUGUUUCUAUUCUGACUAUCCUGAAUCUUUUUCACAUCAAGACGAUCCCACCUGCACAAGCCGAGGUGAACACUUUUUUGCAGAAGCUGUAGAUUUGCUCAAAAAGGAAGAAGGCCGGAUUCCGCUUACCACCUUUCAAGCAUGGGGGGAUAUGUACACUUGUGCCUGCGUCAUGGGAAAAGACAGACUAGGCUGGCAAUAUCUUGUUGAAACGGCCGAUGCUAUACAGCAGGUUAUGAACAAGCGACAGAGGAUGAUAUCAGAUGCCGAGGAACAGAGUGAACAAAUGGCAAGAUCCCUCAAUGUUGCGAUCUGUGGCCUAACUAGCAUUAUACCCACGAGCACCUUGAGCUUCCAAAAACCACCUCUGACCAAAAGACCUCCCUCCUUCGAGCGUUUCCCAGAGGAUCAUGAUCCGAGUGAUACUUGGACACCAUACCCCUGCCAAGCCGAGUCCAGCCCGGCGCAUACCAAUUGCUUGAUGAAUGCCCAUUCGGAUCUUGCACUUGUGAUAUGGGACAUCACAAAUUACGUGUUUGGCGAUAAUAAGCCCCCUUCCAUUGAUGUUAAGGUGGUCGAUACUUUCCACGAGCGGCUUGAUGCAGUAACCCAAAGCUUCCCUAGCUGUAUCCGCCUGGGAGAGACGCCAACAGUCGGCGUGAUGGAACUGCACAUGCGAUAUUAUAAUACAAUUAUGGUAAUGUUCGGACUCGUUACCUCACACGUAGAGGAAAACGACACGGCCACCAAGGACCGUAUCAAGCGUCUACGAAUGUCUUCAGCAUACCAUAUCGGCGCAUUGUUAAAUCUCCAUCGCUCCCAGUGGCCGGUGGAGCGUAUGCCGAUGGCAUUCAUGCAAUACUCAACUCUUGCUCUGUUCACAUUGCUUGACGAUCUUGAGGACGAGCAAAACCAAACAUCGUUCGUGGAGAACCUCAUUGCCCUCCGUGCGCUCGCUCGGCGUUGGCAAAUGGCCAAGGGAAUGCUACGGCUUGUGCAACUUACGGCUAUCAAACACGACGCUCCGCUUCCCAAGGAGUCGGCAAUUCUCUUUGAGGAUUUUGAGGCUGAAACUUGGCAUACAGAAGAUCGGGACCGGUUCAGCAGCCACUACCCGAACUUUGCUGUCUCUAUUCAAAAACAGAGUGAGGGGGGCUCGAUGAAUGAAGUCGAUCUGGAUCGGUUACUUGAGGAGUGGGAUGGCCUUGCGUUGUCUGGGAGGACACCGGAAGACGACAGGGAGGGCUAG